CUUUCUCUGGUACGUCCGAGCCCCCCAUUUGGCUCCAAGGACGGACCCCAGCCGCAUGUCUCAAACGGCGCACCUCUCGUUCCCCCACCGCGCCUUCCUCUCACGCCGCCGGCCCCGUCGGAGGAGGAGCCAGUAUGGAGUUGCCCCACGGCCUCUCCGCUCCUCUCGCGGCUCCCCACGCGCCGCGCAACCCGAAGACGCCUCCCUUCCCAGAUGCGAGGCUCGGUCUCCCGUGGUUUUGGUGGAGAGAUACGGCGACGGCACUGCCAAGAGGUAUACAUUACAUGACAACUCACUGUUGAAAAUUUCUCUUGAAAAACAUAUAUCAGAAGAAAAUGAACUCGAGGACACACAUUUUGCUGACCCAAAAUUAGCCUUGCUCCCUGAUUCUGUAAAAGAUUUUAUAUUGCCCUCGGGCUUUCCUGAAUCAGUUUCAGAUGAUUAUUUGCAGUAUUUGUUGUUACAGUUUCCCACAAAUGUCACUGCAUGGAUUUGUCACGCACUGGUCACCUCAAGUCUCCUAAAGGCUGUUGGUGUUGGCUCUUUCUCAGGCAGCACCGCUGCAGCUUCUGCUGCUGCCAUUAGAUGGGUGUCAAAGGAUGGCAUUGGAGCUGUUGGCCGUUUGCUUAUUGGUGGCCGGUUUGGGAACCUCUUUGAUGAUGAUCCGAAACAGUGGCGCAUGUAUGCAGACUUUAUUGGCAGCACUGGAAGCAUCUUUGAUCUGACAACUCAAUUGUAUCCUGCCUAUUUCUUACCACUUGCAUCUCUCGGUAAUCUUGCCAAGGCUGUUGCUCGCGGGUUGAAAGAUCCUUCCUUCCGUGUAAUUCAAAACCAUUUUGCAACCUCUGGAAAUCUGGGAGAAGUAGCAGCCAAGGAGGAAGUUUGGGAAGUAGCUGCUCAAUUGCUUGGUCUAGCUAUAGGGAUACUUAUAUUGGAUACACCUGGUCUUGUUAAAUCUUAUCCAUCUUUGGCAUUUACUUGGACAAGCAUGAGAUUUGUUCACCUUUGGUUACGAUAUCAGUCUCUCUCAGUGUUGAGAUUUAAUACGAUAAAUCUCAAGCGUGCUCGAAUACUUGUAAAAUCACAUGUGUUAAGCUCAAAAGUUCCUGGAUGUGAUGAAUGCAAUGAGAGAGAAAAUAUUCUUGUUUGGCAAAGGUUUUUGAAGCCAUACAUACGUUUUGGUGUGUCAUUUGAAGAGAUGAUGAGUGGUGAGAAGGCUAUUUCUCAGGUGAGCGAACUUUUGAAAUUAUAUAGAAAGGAGGAAUACAUUCUUAAUGUAAAUCCAAGGUACGAAGACAUUGAGAUCUUCAUUGCAUUUAAGGUCGGAGCUACAAGUUCAUCGGUGUUGCGGGGUCUUUGGCAAGCUAAUUGGCUGUAUGAGAACUGGGACAAUGCAGCCGAUAUAUACUAUCAGCUAGCGUUGAGCCUUUCCGAGGUGGAAAAGAGGUUCGAAGAUUUUCUGCAGCAGUUGGAUGAAGCUGGUUGGGAUAGACGCAAUAUCGCUCUGAAGGUUCCAAAGGAAAUCUUGAUUGAUCAGAUAUCUGCAAUAUGAUGGAUUGAGUCAUAACUGUAAAUGCUGGUCGAACAGAAGAAGCCCUUGAACAAGUCAUAACUUUGGAGUCAUUGGGUGGGUGAUCGAUACUUAAGCAGAUUUUCUUGGACUAUAUGGUCACAACCAGAAAUUUUGCGGCUCUUGCCUAAUCCAAGCUGCUGUAAGUCGUUUUUUAUUCUGACCUUCUAUUGCAUUGGAGGAGGGAAAGUAUUUAGUUGUUGUCAGAGUUUGGCCUUUUUAUUAGGAUGUUAGUGUCUGUGUCCGACACUGUCUACUUUGACAAGGCAACGAAAUACGCCCGACUUGGGUAACAUUCAUCUCCAAGAGGGUGUCUACGUGAACGAGAUUGUGACCGCGUCAUUGUAUUUUUAGAGAUCACAUGGC